AUGCUGCGGCGGUCAAACCGAAUGGGGCAUCUGUAUCGAGGGCUCAAGAGUCGGCAAAUAGAGGCUGACGUGGUGAAGCAUGCAGACGCCAUCUGGCAGGCGAAGGCUGAGCUGGAGGCCUUCCAGACUACCGACUUUGAAGAGCUGGUGGCGUUUCGAAACAAGAUAGAGUCGCUUCUGCAAGACUUGACUGACGAGACUCAGGUGCUACAACGCUUUGAGGGCUUUCCCAGCAGCAAGCUGGAGCAUCUGCGUGCAUCGGCGUCGCUGCACUCUCGCCUCUCCGCCCUCUCCCUUGACCUGCUCUCUGCCGUGCCCAUGAGCAACAAUGGUGCAGGAGGGACACCCGUGGAGAGGAGCAGGGAGGAGGACGCAAAAAAGUUUGCAGCGCAGCGGCUGCCGUUCAGCAGUGGUGCCAUCGAUAGGGUGAAGGCGGCAGCGGUGCGGCUCUCCUCGCGCCUCCUGGAGCUGUCAGCUCAGGAGAGCAUGAAGCUGAGGGCGUCAGUGGAGCUGGUGGAUGGGCGCAUUCCCGUGUACGAUGUACCUCGAGUCAAGGCAGGUCUGUUUCUCCUCUGGCGCUGCUUCCAGUUCGCAUUCAGGGCGUACAAUUUUGCUGGCGGACAAGAUGAAACGGCUGAGGAGCUGGCUCUUACGGUGGCCAAAGAGAUGGAAGCGUACCCAGCAUACAUGUGGGGAUGA